AAGCAAUCUGCGCGUAGACUAACUGCAAACAAGCAAUCUGCGCGUAGACUAGUUGAAAACAAGUAAUCUGCGCGUAGACUAGUUGAAAACAAGUAAUCUGCGCGUAGACUAGUUGAAAACAAGCUAUCUUCGCUUAGGCGAUCUUUGACCAAACUAUCUGAAUUCUGCACUUAAUCUGCAACCAAGCUAUCGCACUUAGACUAUCUGCAAAAUGAUUUUUUCUUAAGUGUUAAAGAACUUCAUAUAGGUUGAGAAUCCAAUAAGUCAAUAUAGGAAACCUAACAUUGAGCAAGAUUUAUAUGUUUUUAGAAUGUGAGAAAAUCAUGGAGAAAUCUGCAAAGGUUUAAACGUUUUAUAUCCAGGAACUAAUAUAUUUGAGCACAAUGAAUUUGGAUGUUUAAAUCUAAUUUCCGUUAACAAUUGGAUAAUGGAUAUCCACGGAGAAACGUUAUUAUUUGGGAGAUCUCGAAAUAUCCUUGGAUAUUUUCAACGUAGUUUGAAUAUCUAAUUAGAGUUAGAUAAAAUUCACCGAGAAUUCGAAUUUAACAGGAGUUGGGAUAGAUUUGAAUACUAUUUUUAAAAUAGAAUUUAUAUUGUACAUAUAUAUAUAUAUUUAUACGUUUUGUUGAUUUAAGAUUAGAAAAACAUAAAAUAAUUUCAGAUUUAAUGAAUUGAUAUUCAAGAUGCGAGGAAUGAUCUUCUCCAUCGUUAUUUCUUCUCUCUCCAUGUUGUCUCCAGUGAUGUCAGACACCUCACAUGGAAAAUCUAGGUCAGGAUUAAGAGCUUUGGAGGAAGCAGCAGCAAAGAUGGAACAACAGUUUCUUUUUCUUCUAACAGAUAUUUCAGAUAAAAUAAACCCUGCUGUGAAGGCAGUGCGGGAUGACCUCGAAGCCACGAAUUUCCGCCAGCAGAGUUAUGGUUGGGCUCUAAUGCUUGGAGGAUAUGGAGAUUGUAUUGCUGAUGUCGUUCAAAACAAUCGAGUCUGGCCACAAGAUAUGUUGACUAUGCCCGAUGUUGUUUAUGCAUAUGGAUUCAAUCUUGGAUACGGGUUCGGGUUCGCUGGUCCAUAUCUACUUCCAACCUAUCUUGCGGAUACUUCAUUUGGUUGCUCCGAUUCUGAUUUUUUAUCGGUAGUCAACAAUCAUGGUUUCUCAAGAGGCUUAAAUCCCAAAACAAAUUUAGUCCAGAUUUUGAAUUUUGGAAUUGAUGCACGACAAUCCAUUCAUUGUCUGCUUCAGCAUACUGGAGGAUACUCAGAUGCUGCUGAGGUUGGAUAUCUUAUUGAUGAUCUUCUAGAAGCAGGAGUUCAAUAUAUCAAUCUUAAGAACGCUUGAGAAAAAAAUACCAUAUAAAGAUAUUUGUGAAUUCUAAACCUUAUUCUUGGUUCUAGGAUAUUCUAAACUUUAUACUGGAUCCAGUAGAUUCUAAACCUUAUCCUUGGUUCUAAGAGAUUCUAAACCUUAUCCUUGGUUCCAAAAUAUUCUAAAUCUUAUCCUUGGUUCUAGGAGAUUCUAAACCUUGUUCUUGGUUCUAGAAGAUUCUAAACCUUUUCCUUGGUUCUAGGAGAUUUUAAACCUUAUCCUUAGUUCUAGAAGAUUCUAAACCUUAUCCUUGAUUUUAGGAGAUUCUAAACCUUAUCUUUGGUUCUAGGAGAUUCUAAACCAAAGAUCCUUGGUUCUAGGAGAUUCUAAACAAUAUCAUUGGUUCUAGGAGAUUCUAAACCUUAUCUUUGGUUCUAGGAGAUUCUAAACCUUAUUCUUGGUUUUAUCAGAUACUAAACCUUGUCCUUGGUUCUAGGAGAUUCUAACUUAAUCUUAGUUCUAGGAGAUUCUAAACAAUAUCCUUGGUUCUAGGAGAUUCUAAACCCUAUCCUUGGUUCUAGGAGAUUCUAAACCUUAUAUCCUUGGUUCUAGGAGAUUCUAAACCUUAUCCUUGGUUCUAGGAGAUUCUAACUUAAUCUUAGUUCUAGGAGAUUCUAAACAAUAUCCUUGGUUUUAUCAGAUUCUAAACCUUAUCCUUGGUUCUAGGAGAUUCUAAACCUUAUAUCCUUGGUUCUAGGAGAUUCUAAACCUUAUCCUUGGUUCUAGAAGAUUCUAAACCUUAUUCUUGGUUUUAGGAGAUUCUAAACCUCUUGGUUCUUGGAGAUUCUAAACUUUAUCCUUGGUUUUAGGGGAUUCUAAACCUUAUAUCCUUGGUUCUAGGAGAUUCUAAACCUUAUCCUUGGUUCUAGGAGAUUCUAAACCUUAUCCUUGGUUCUAGGAUAUUGUAAACCUUAUAUCCUUGGUUCUAGAAGAUUCUAAACCUUAUCCUUGGUUCUAGGAGAUUCUAAACCUUAUCCUUGGUUUUAGCAGAUUCUAAACCUCUUGGUUCUAGGAGAUUCUAAACCUCUUGGUUCUAGGAGAUUCUAAACCUUAUAUCCUUGGUUCUAGGAGAUUCUAAACCUUAUUCUUGGUUCUAGGAGAUUCUAAACCUUAUCCUUGGUUCUAGGAUAUUUUAAACCUUAUAUCCUUGGUUCUAGGAGAUUCUAAACCUUAUUCUUGGUUUUAGCAGAUUCUAAACCUUAUCCUUAGUCAAUGAAAAAUAAUAAAUUCCUGUGAUAUUAGUUUAGUUUAUCAUAUAGUAUUAAGAUCUAUAGAUUAAGAUUAAAAUACAUAGCUGUAGUAG